CAAAAUCCCAAUUUAAUUCAAAUUAAAAUAUUGUCCUAAACUCCUCCACCUUCCCUAUAAAUACGCCCUCUUUAGAUCCUACAAACCUUCUUUCGCCAAACUUUGCAAAGCUCCUGCAAGAUUGAUUCUUUUGGGCGGAGUAGCUCAGAUUCUGCUGAAUACAAAUAUAGGCUUCUGUACGCCAUUGUGAAUUUUGAGACGCCUUUUCUACGAUUAUGUGUUGGUUCAUCUGUGGAUUUUUAUGACUUACGCUAUCUUGAUGCGUCGGAUUAGAAUUCUCCACUCUUUCUCUGUAGUAUUCCUCUAUUGGUUCUAUGUGUUUUCAUGAAUUAGCCCUAAAUUCCUCUGAGCCUCUGUAGCUUUCUUUUCUUUUCCCAAUCAACCACCUCCAAUUCUAAGUUUUUAAUCGACCACUGUAGGUAAACCUUCAUUCGUAUAGGAAACAUUAACAGUAAGUACUCAAUUAUCCAAUUGAUUCUGCGUUCAAUUCUGAGGAAUGGCUUCGAAAUUAUCGCCAACUAGCCCAGGUUCUGAGAUAGAUGAAAGGAAGAGGAAGAGGAUGUUAUCAAAUCGUGAAUCUGCGCGUAGGUUGCGUAUGAGGAAGCAGCAACACUUGGAUGAGCUGAUUGGACAAGUGAACCAGAUGCAGGAGGAGAACAAGAAGCUGAGGAAGAUGAUUGAUGGUGCUAGUCAGCUGUACCUCAACUUUGCAUCUGAGAAUAAUGUGCUAAGGGCUCAGUUGGCAGAGCUGACCGACCGCCUUCGGUCGCUGAAUUCUGUGCUCCAGAUUGCAUCUGAGGUGAGCGGCUUGGUACUUGAUAUUCCAGAUAUCCCUGAUACAAUCCUCGAGCCGUGGCAGCUGCCUUGCCCGGUUCAGGCCAUCCCUGCUUCUGCUGAUGCGUUCCAGUACUGAACAGUGGUAGAGGGAGUCUUUGAAUGUGAAGACUCUGCUGAUAUACUUUCUUUGUUUUGUUCCUAUUGUUAUUACCAUGAGUCUAAGAUUAGGUUGCGAGGGUUUUGCAGUAUGGCUAUAAAGUUAAUUAGAUUUAAAUUCCUUGGUUUAUAUCUAAUGUUUGCUUUUAGGCUAGUUAUGGUCUAAAGUUUAACGGUUCGCUUGCAGUAGUAUCCUAUGGUUGUUGAUUGUUGUUUUUUAGUAUAUAAAUAAAAUUCUCUUGUAAAGGUUCUGCUGUAUGGUUUGGUAAUUUAUUUUUUAUUAA